AUGGGUCUCAAUGCCUCCCUUCCUCUCCUCUUCCUCACCCUCUUACUCGUCUUCUCUACGGUCGUUACAGCGGAUAACGUCACACGGGCAUUUGAGAAAUACUCCAAUUUCAGCACCAUGAGUGACCUCCUCAUCAAAACCAAGCUUACACCACUCAUCAGCAAAUACCAAACCAUAACCAUACUCGCUGUAAGCAACGACGCCAUCAGCUCCAUCACUAACAGAUCCGCCAUCGAGCUCAAAAACAUCCUCAUGACGCACGUCAUUCUUGACUACUACGAUGAGCUCAAGCUUAACGGUCUGAAGGAGAAGAGCAUAAUGCUCACUACCUUAUACCAAACAACCGGUUUGGGUGAAGAGAUGAAUGGUUUCCUCAACUGUACCAAAUCCAAAGGAAGAGUUUACUUUGGAUCAGAAGUGAAGGGCUCACCUCUAACCUCUGAGUAUGUCACGACGUUGUACCAUAAUCCAUUUAACCUGUCUAUAAUCCAGAUUAGCAUGCCCAUUGUGGCUCCGGGACUCAGCUUAGCAGUCUUUCCACCUCCACCACCACCCGUUCCUUUAGCCCCGGCUCCAUCUCCGAUGAAUGUUGCAACCGCUCCGAGUCCAGCUCCCACAAAUGCUGCAACCGCUCCAGCUCCUGGACCCGCUGAUGAAGCCAAUGCCUCAGAUUCUGCUGUUCCAAAACCUAAACCUGCAACAGAAUCACAGGAGGUCGAUUCUCCCGCCCCUGUUCCGAGCGCUGAUAAUGAGAAGAUGGAAGCUGCUGCUGAUAAGACUAAACCAACUUCUUCCUCUGCUUGUAAAGCUGGUUUAAAGUUCGAUAUUGUUCUCUUGCUAGCAUUUUUCGCUAGCUUUGCUUGGUUCUAA